UUAAAAGUUCCGGGGAGCAGAAGUGGCUUUGUGGUGCUGCCUGUCAUCCCUCAGAUAUCCACCCCAUUCGACACCGAAACCUUGGCUUUCGACCGCUAUGGAAGGGCAGCAGGGGCAAGAAGAUCACACAACCCUAGCGGUCGCCCAGGCUCAUUUCAAAAAGGGAGAGUACGUGGAAGCCGAGAGCUUGUACACCGCUUACAUUCGCCAGUGCGCCUGUGCGGCCGCAGCCGGCUCGAGUCCCGCGAGCAAAUGCAGCCCUGAGGAUUUGGCUACUGCAUAUAACAACAGGGGGCAAAUCAAGUACUUCAGGGUUGAUUUUUAUGAAGCCAUGGAGGACUACACAUCAGCCAUAGAAGUCCAACCCAAUUUUGAAGUUCCGUAUUACAACAGAGGGUUGAUACUGUAUAGGCUGGGAUAUUUUGAUGAUGCUUUGGAAGAUUUCAAGAAGGUAUUAGAUUUAAAUCCUGGAUUUCAAGAUGCUGCUUUGAGCUUAAAACAGACUAUUCUAGACAAAGAAGAAAAACAAAGAAGAAAUAUUGAAAAAAAUUAUUGAAAUUUUUAAUUGAAAUAGUAACUCAUGAUUUUUAC